CGAUCUGGCCCACAUAUUUUUGCGCCUUCUACCAGCGAAAUCUAGAACGUACGUUCACAAAACCCCUUAGUUCAGGUUAAUAAUCGUGGUUACCUUGUGCACGAAUCGUCGUGAAAGUGUGGCGCUCCGCCAUGGAGUUUGCCGAGCUCAUCCUGACUCCCAAGCUGGACGGAGUGCUGCUUUACGAUCAGCUAAGCGAAAGGCCCGUCGACGGAACCCUUUGCAUCACUGGGCAUCAUUUAAUUUUGAGUACACGACAAGAGGGAGCUCAAGAACUGUGGCUGCUGCACCAGAAUAUCGACUUGGUCGAACGAAAGCCGCACAUUGUGAAUAAUAUUCUCGAAGGCGGUACGAUCAUCCUGAAAUGCAAGGAUCUGCGCAUUAUCGCGCUGAAAAUCCUGUCGCCACAGGAGUAUUUCAACAUUUCCAACUCUAUCGAGCAGCUGUCCAACUUGGAGGAAACGAAAAUGCUGUAUCCCUUCUUCUACAUUCGAAUGUACGAUAUUCUAGAGGACGGAUAUGGCGCAUACCGACCGGAACAAGAGUACGCCAAGCUGCUGGCCAAUGGAGAUGAGUGGCGACUGACGACGGUAAACAGCUCGUACCAAGUGUGUCCCACGUAUGGUUCCAAGCUGCUCGUGCCACGAUCCAUCACGGACGACCAGAUCGUACAAUCAGCGGCAUUCCGUGACGGCGGGCGGUUUCCGGUGUUAGCGUAUCGUCAUACAAACGGUGCUUCAAUGCUACGCAGUUCACAACCACUGGCCGCACCCGGUGUGACGAAACGAUGCCGGGCGGACGAGGCGAUCCUCAAUGCGGUGCUUGGCCGUAGCAAAAAAGGCUUCAUAUUUGACACCUGGGGCAGCAAGGGCAAAGGUGGCAACACCGAAACGGACCAGCAUUAUUCGCAGUGGAAGAAAGUAACGCGUCCCAUCGGACAAUUUAGCUCGGUCUCGGCAUUAUUGGAUAGCUUUCAGAAGCUAAUGGAAGCAUGCAACGAUGUACAAUGCAGUUCGGAUAAAUGGCUUUCGAGAUUAGAGAUCUCUGGCUGGUUAGGCUAUGUACUCAAUGCACUCAAUGCGGCCUGUGUCGUUGCGCAGUGUCUCGAUCAGGAGGGAAGCCCGGUACUAGUUCAUGGUGGCAAAGGGUUUGACACGACGCUCAUUGUUACUUCGUUGGUGCAAAUUAUAUUAAAUCCUGACUGCCGAACGAUACGGGGAUUGCAAGCGCUUAUCGAGCGAGAAUGGCUACAGGGCGGAUAUCCGUUCUCAACCCGACAUAAGCAUUCGUGCUAUACGCCAGCGCAUCAGAGACGGAAAAGCUCGAGCGCGACCUUCCUGCUGUUUCUCGAUUGCGUGUAUCAAUUGUACGCCCAGUUCCCUUGCAGUUUCGAGUAUGAUCACCGCCUGUUGAUAGUGAUCUUCGAGCACAGCUACUUCAGCCAAUAUGGUACGUUCUUGUGUGAUAGUGAGCAUGAGCGGGUAAGGCUCAAAGUGUUUACUCGAACAACCAGUCUGUGGUCACAUCUGAAUCGCCCUGAGGUUGUCAAAUCUCUGCUAAAUCCACUGUACGAGCCGAAUCCGGCCGUUAUCUGGCCUUCGGUGGCACCCAUCAGCAUUGUGCUGUGGUCGGAACUGUAUACGCGAUGGUCCGUGGAUCAAUCGCAGCUGAAGAUUACCUUCGGUCGGAUACAGGCGCUGGUGAGCAGAGAGAAGGACUUGCGUAGUCGCGCUUUGAAGCUACGCCGGCAGCUGGCAGAUCUACAGCGGCAGCAUAAACACAGCGAAAAUGGAAACAAUGCCGAUCGCCUGCAUUCGGCCACUGCUGAUAUGUAUGAUCCAGGCGAUGAUGGAGAUGAGGAAAGCCUAUCGUCCGACCCCAUAGGUAGCAGUAAGUAAUAGUCGAUAGUAGGUUAUAGAUAAGGUUAGUUAGCCCAGAUACAGACUGAUAGACAGAAUAGUAGAUGCCCAUAAAGGAAUCCAUUAUGACUAUACUUACCGAAGCCUUCUUGAGCGUUGCUAAUGAGAUAGAUUUUCAAUUUGCUAUACUACCAAGCGAGGGGUAUUGUUGUCCCCCCGAAUAGGAAGUCGUUAAACAGCAUUGAAGUCAACUUAGAGCUUACUUCACCGGAACAAGGGAUACAGGCCCUGCCAUCUUUGGCAGUUUGACUAAAGUCCUUAAUGUUGAUGACAUUCAUUCCUGAUUUUCUUGAUUUUCUAAUUCACUUUUGCCUUCGCUCAAUUUACCAAACUUUCUUUUUUUCAUUACAUCCAUCUAAUUUGGUUUUACGGAAACGUUUAUGAAUUUCUGCAUAUUUUACUAUUACUUAUCAUUUGGGUGCUCUCCCUCGGCAUUAAACUGUGGAUGGAACUCACUGUAGCUCGCGCACACUACCUUAUCAUUUGGUAGCACACGGUGGUGAUGAAAGUAUUUCAUUUCUAUUUCAUUUUAUUUCUAAUUUAUAGUGUUGUCAAUGAUGAAAAAGUAUUUCAAUUUCGUUGUGUUUAUGAUAAUGAGGGAUCACUCCGCUGCUGAAAUUGACUUUACUAGCUCAAUCAUUCGAAUUUCUGAUAGAUGACAUAUUCUGGUAUUUUCCGGUAAUAAGGCUCAUCAUUCGAAUUUCUGAUAGAUGAAAUAUUCUGGUUGUAGGCGGGCUUUCGUAAACUUUCAGAGCCAGUCCGGUUCGUUCAGGCCAGUUCAGGGCUUUCUAAAGUUUCGACGGCUAAGCACAGCCGCCCGUAUACAAUGGGCGCCACCAAUCGGCUAUCAUCAGUGAUCGGCUUGGCUGAGAUGCUAAUGCCUUCGUGUCGUUCAAGGCCAUGAUUUAUUUAGCCAACUAACGUGUUCAUAAAAGUAUUUUCUCUUUCUUUUAUGUCCUAGCGAUAAAUGUGCUUUAUUCUAUAACUUUUUUUUUAUUCAAUUAUAGAGGUUUUAAACUGACCAGGUUCUUUCGCCUCUUAGAAACGUGUUUACAUAAAAUAGUCAUUAAUAUAUAUUAAUGUAAAGCUGAAGAUUAGUUUGAUUAAUUUAGUUUUUCUCAUGAAUUUUACUACUUUCGUUUCAUUUUCCUUACUGUUGCUUAGGUCAAUACUAUUUUUCCAGUGAGCCUGCACUCUUCCCUGGUUCUAUCGUGUUUAAUACAGUCUGCUAAUAUAUGUUUUACUGUUAUUUUUGUUCCACAUGCUUCGCAUAGUGGUCCGCUAUUGUUUGUAUGUUUAUUGUUUUUCCUCGGUUGUCCACUUUGCAACUGCCCCAUAUAUCAUUGUGUGCAUUAAAAUCUCCCAUAAUUAAGUAUAGCUCACAGCACUUUUAUUUUUAAAUUGUAUGUUAUAAGGGAUUAUUUCACCGCUGAAAAUGACUUCUUACUAAAGCAAUCAAAUUUCUGAUAGAUGACAUAUUCUGGUAUUUCCCGGUAAUUGGGUUAUCCAUUUGAAUUUCUGAUAGAUGAAAUAUUCUGGUUGUAUGCUGGCUUUCUGUGCCAUUAUCCAUAAUUUGUUCAGGACGCUUUAAAAGGAAUGAUUUCUCUUAUUAUUUAGAAAAAAAAAUAUUUAGAAAAUCUCUACAGUUCCAUUGUAGUAUUUUCGCCAUAUGUUACCAUUAUUUAUCAUUUCCGUGCAAUCAAUCGGCAUUAAAAUGUUGGUGGAACUCACUUUAGCUCCCUUUUUUCACCCUAUCAUUUGGUAGCACAAGGUGGUGAUAAAAGUAUUUCAUUUCUAUUUCAUUUUUUUCAUUUGUUAAUUUUAAUUAUCUAUUAUCGUUCGUUAAACACGAUCCAAACAUUCUUUAACUAAACUUUAAUUUUAUGGAAGAGUAUUCCAUUUUCAUUGUGUGUAUGAUGGUGAGGGAUCACACAGCCGCUAAAGUGGACUUUACCAGUUCAAACAAUUCAAUUUCUGAUCGAUGACAUAUUCUGGUUGUAGGCUUUUUUUUUAAUCUAGUGAUACUAAAAGCAUACACAAUCAUGUUUCGUUACCACAGCCAGAAUGAGGAUCAUUGCGAGAAGUUUCGUAUGCAACCACACGUUCGAUUUCAACUUUAGUGUACAGAUGGUCGAACAUCUUUUUAUUUGAAAAUCUUGUUCGACAGCUAGUAUCCAAAUAGUUUUGUUGAACUGCUAGAUUCUUGCUCAUCUCUGCCUUAAGCAUUCUUUCUGCUGAUUUCUAUUGUUACUAAACGUUUCCGUAAACUUCAAUUUAAAUUAAUUGUUAUUUCAAUGAAAUUCUUUAAUUAACAGUUGUAAAAUCUUUGUGAAAAAAUAAUCUCCAUAAAUUAUCAGAUGGAGUUCUCCGCGAUUCCCCCGUUUCAAAAAUGAUGCUCCCUGCCUUAUAGGUAUUUGUUAUAUAUUGAGCUUUAUUCUCAACAGUUAAAAUACAACUAACUACGUUUCCACCUUGUUGCUUUGCUCGUUAUAUUAAACUUGCUUAGCUACCCAAAGUGAACUAUGAUAUACAAAAGCAUUAAAGUACAGCACUUUGAUAAAGUCAUUACUAUUAUUACUUCCUCGAGAUACACUCGUGUUUUAUGUAUAAACUGAGAAUCGCCACUCAAAUGAAACUUGAACUUUCUGCCGGUGGAGUUUGUUCUAGAUAGACCUUUGCUGUUUUUCAAUCACUAAUCACUAAUCACUAUCAUCGAAGAUGUCAUUUCGAUCGCAGGUGAUUUUGACUUAUUUAUUAAUCAACGCAACUGCCAUCUAUAAAAAAAGAGCUUCACAUGCUGUAUUUUCGUCCCGCAAACUACUUUAGAUAAGCCAACAAAUUUGGAAACAAAAUGACAAAUCUGCUCUCCUUUAUAUCGAUUAAAUUAGCUCCAAGUUCCACGGUGCCUUGAUAAAAAUUCCGCUGUUUUCUUGUAAUGUGAAUUAACUCUCCAUCAACGAGUGAACAUUAACCGCUAUUUCCAUAUGGAUUCCUUUAAGGCAUACAAGGAUGAGUUACGUUGUUACUCUCGCUAAGAAGAAUAGGAUAGACAAACGAAAGAAAGUGAAGAACGUGCCACCGGAUACCAAAAAACCAGAAGAGUAAAGUAAAGUGCGAUCAGCGAAUGUACUUGGGUGAACAGGACUUACGCGUAAGCGGGCUAUGCUAUGGAUUCAGGAUCUCAGAAACAAUAUCACAUUGUAAUAAAUUGUCAAUUCAGAGCACACCGUGAAAUGAAUCAAUUGUAAUAUAAAUUAAUUUGUCAUUAUUUUAAUCACUUCAAACAUCUAAUUGGUGAUCGGUCACAUGUUACAAUGGAGCAAUAAAAUUGUCGACAGAUUUGUAUAAGUCUAGAAAGCCAACAACAGACAAUCCUUUAAUCUGCUCUCGUAAGCUAAGCUCUCAGAAAUUUACAGAAAGAAAGAAUAACAUGAAAACGAAUCCUGUGCAUUCCAUAAACCGUAACGUAUUAUGCUAAUAUAUUCCUCUUGGAUCAGCUUCAGGCCAUUUCGAAUGGAACUGUUCAAUGCUGUAAUUUCGUUACAAUUACCAUAAGGAGAUACUAAAACAAAUAAAUGCAUCAGCAGGCAGGAAUGCUGGACGAUUAGGCCAUUAGUAAUGGAAUAAAAGCUUAUUGAACCUU